CUUGAACUAUCUGUAUGCAAUCUUCGAUAGGAAUGGAAAUGCCUUGUGAAACGUGAAAUUUUUCUCGCAAGAAUUUGGAAAUUUCAAUGACUUUCCGGUGAUAUCGAUAUGCAGUGGUCAUUGCUGGAUUAAUGCUUUGAGAUGGAUUUCCGCAUCAGUGAUUUGCCCAUCACAGUAUGGUCCAAAGAACCAUUCACUAUCGAUGAAUUUAUUAAAAAAUACACCUUGCCUCAGAUCGUAAAGAUUCAUGACAGUGAAAAUAAGCGAUUUCAAGCGCCAGGAAGUAUUAAUCUUCAGCAACCAAUACUUCUAUAUAAGGUAUAUACCUGCAGAAAAAUUCAUGGGCGCACUCUUGCAUUAGAUGAACAAGGACAAGCUAUACCAGCAGGCCCAGGAUUGAUAAUCCCUGAAUCUUAUCCAGGAUGGCUAGCAAUGGUUAAAAAUGAUGGAAGAACUGCUGGAUAUUUUUCUACUGUUGGAGAAGUUGCCAGAGCUAUGGUUCCAAUGUUUCUCGUGCAAGAUUCAGUCGUUGGACUAAAAGCUACGCCGGCAGGAAUGUGCCGAACUGUAGUAACAGGUGGACAAGUACUCAAAACUGUUGGACCAUAUGAAGAUUUGAACCGGCAAAAUAUCAUGGCAGCAAGCAAACGAGGUGUUCAUCCUGAUUUUAUGAUGUACUUAAAAUGUUUAACUCAACAUGGAGAGACAAUUUAUUUACCAUACGGUGUCAAAGGUCAUUUUUAUUGCAUAGCCAGCUCAAAAAAUCAUACUUUGAAUCAUGUAUUUCUGAUGUCGAAUUUGUUGAAAGUUACAAAAACGCCAACUCUUGUUCGAAUUAUUUCUGGAGCAAAGCCACCAGUUGCUCUUCCUUUCACAAAUAUUAUAAAAUUAGAAGAGGUACGGCGGGAAACCAUAAUAUUAGGCUGUACCCUAGUUGAUAAUGAGCCUAUUUUGUUGGAGAUCAAUGCAAAUUCCGAAUUUUCGUUUGUAAAAGCUACAGAUGAAAGAAUUUUGCAGCGGUCUGAAGUAUAUAGACGCAUGUGCCAGUUUUGCACAGUGGAAGGGGACAGAUGGAGGCAGCAAAUACGAGUCGCCCACCAUGUUGUUCCGAAACCAACCAAAAAUACGCGAACCAAAACAUUAGAUAAAAAACCACUAGCUCCACCAGUUCCAGCUAGAACACCUACGCCAAAAAUACCGCCUGAAAGCAACAAUCAGCGAAAUGUUUGUAAAGAAGUAAAGCCAGUACUUCCAACGUGUGAAUUAAUUGAUUUUUUAAAAUACACAUACCGCGGGUACAUCUUUCCCAAAAAGUUUUGGAUGUUCCGAAAAGCAAGAAAAUUUGAGCUGUCGGAUAAAAUUUACGAAAACUCUAAGCCACCAUUUGAUAUAUUAAAAGCAUAUUAUACCAAAUAUAAAGGUAAGAAAUGCUUAACGGUAAAAGUAGCUGCUUCAAAAGAGUCGCUGAUGUUGAAAGGUCCAAGUCACAGAAAACAUGAGUUUCAACGCCGCACUAACUCAGAUGAUGGUUACGUGACUUCUUGUAUAGAUGAUGAAUCCAUUUAUCACUCUAUAUGCUGA